AUGCCACCCUCACCCCUUGCGAGGCCUGCCAACGAGGCUGACUCAUCGGCCGCGCCGAAAUCUCGUAGCUCGAAUCUAUUAGAGCAGGGAUGGCAGCUCCUGACCGAGCUACUCUUCGACAGGCGGUACUUCUGGCACCUGACAAGUCUGCUGCUUCUGGGCGAGCUUGUACUCGGACUGCUCAUCAUCAAAUAUGUGCCUUAUACCAAGAUCGAUUGGGAGGCGUAUAUGCAGCAUGUCGAGUGCUUCCUGAAGGGCGAGAGCGACUAUAGCAGACUUCAAGGCGAGACUGGUCCGGCAGUAUAUCCCGCGCUCUUCCUCUACGUCUACACAGCGCUGUACAAGCUCCUUCCAGCCGACCCCGAUGCCCGCGUCAGAGCAGCGCAGUAUGUCUUCCUCGGCAUGUACCUGGCGACAUUCGCGCUGGUAGCGGGGAUCUACCACGCCGCUGGCUCGACGAAAGUUACCACGAGUAAGGUCGGCGCCGCGGGCGAGAGACGAGUAUCGACCUCAACAUAUCCCCAAGCCCUGCUUAUCCCGCUGUGCUUGUCGAAGCGGUUACAUUCUAUAUACAUGCUCCGGCUCUUCAAUGAUCCGGUGGCCAUGCUGUUACUAUACGCUGGGGUGUUCGCUAUCACUCAUCGGACCAGUAUGGGCUGGACGGUCGGGAUCGCUCUGUACAGUCUAGCUCUUGGGGUGAAGAUGAAUAUCCUUCUCUUCCUCCCCGGGCUCCUGGUUCUACUCGUCCAGUAUCGAGGGCUCGUCAAGACCAUCGGAGCCGUCUCGACCAUGGCAGUCGUCCAGAUACUGCUUCCAGCUGCCUUCUUCCUCGGCUCAGCUUCAGACGCCCAAGCAUAUUUCUCCACUGCCUUCGACUUUUCCCGACAGUUCAUGUACAAAUGGACCGUCAAUUGGCGCUUCGUCCCCGAAGACGUCUUCCUCUCGAAAAGCUUUGCCGGAUGGUUGCUUUGGCAUCAGCUACUCUUCCUGGUCGGUUUCGCGCUGUUCAAAUGGUCACCCGUUCCAGGCGGAACCCCUUCAGUUAUCCUCAAUGCGAUAUCCAAGCCCACCCGGGCAGCUAUCGCACAGGCGUACUCCCUGCCUCGCCAUCACAUCGCUCCCGUGCUCUUCAGUUCCAAUCUCAUCGGUAUCGCUUUCGCCCGAUCAUUGCACUAUCAAUUCCACAGCUGGUACUUCCACCAAAUACCGUUCCUGCUCUACUCUGGCGGAGCAUGGGGCAACUUCCCCCUUGGAAUGGCAUUAUGGCUUGGAAUAGAAUACGCCUGGGCCACCUACCCUUCCACCAACCUCUCUUCGGGCAUCUUAUCGGUUGCCCACGCCGUCAUCUUGCUUGGAUUGCUCCUCUCACCAGCUUCUGGGACGAAGCUAUCCACGUCAGGCCAGGAGCACGCUGCAUCAAAUGCCGGGUCGCGGAUAACUGGGACAGCUCAGAUGGACAGUCGGAAAGUCAGAUAG